AUGGCGGACCACGAUACAUCGGACGCUGCUCCGCGACGAGCCAGAGCUCCUACCAUCACCAUCGAUACAUCCGCUGCUGGCGGAAACAGCACAGGCGAUUCUGUACCUUUGGGCAAUAUCGACAAUCGCAACUCUAAUAUGGAUAAUAAUGCUUCGCCUGAGCUGCGCAGCGCAGGAUCGUUCGAAAGCAAUGCAAGCAGGCCAACUUCGUCGCAUAAUGUCUCUUCGCCAAGUACGAGAUGGAAUAACGGCGGGAACCUUCUGUCAGUACCUGGCGCGCAUUCUCGGGGAAAUUCGAUGGAUUCGAACGCCGAAAAUGGCGAAUCGAACUCAACUGGUACUUAUGUUCCGUCGUCUCAAGGCGAGACGCUUAAAGGAGAAAUGGGUCCCACAGAAGUUCUUAACGACAAAGAUGCUCUCAAGCCCGAUCCAGGUACAGAAGCUGACUUUGAAGUCGAAAACAACAAAUUCGCGUUUUCGCCUGGUCAGCUUGCUAAGUUGUACAAUCCCAAGAGCUUAGGCGCAUUCCAUGCUCUGGGUGGAUUGGACGGAUUAGAGAAGGGUCUCCGAACAGAUAGAAAAGCUGGUCUAAGCAUCGACGAACAGCAUCUUGACGGCGCUGUUACGUUCGAGGAGGCCACUACGCCCAGCCAGACACAAACACCGCCAAAGUCAUCUGCUAAUGGAGCCGUUCCUAACGAUGCGUCUAAAGCAUCAGGGCCGAACGCUUUCGCUGAUCGGAGACGUGUGUUCAGCGACAACCGGCUUCCGGAAAAGAAGCCAAAGAACAUCUUUCAAUUAGCGUGGAUGGCCUAUAACGAUAAGGUGCUGCUUCUCUUAACAGGCGCUGCUGUCAUAUCACUUGCACUUGGUUUGUAUCAAACUUUUGGUGUCAAACACGAUGAUGGCAAGCCGAAGGUCGAGUGGAUUGAAGGUGUAGCCAUUAUUGUCGCCAUUGUCAUCGUCGUUGUCGUUGGUGCUGCCAACGACUGGCAGAAGGAACGCCAAUUCGUGAAGCUGAACAAGAAGAAGGACGACCGACAGAUCAAGGUGGUUCGCUCCGGAAGAACCCAGCAAGUCUUGGUAUACGACAUCCUAGUAGGAGAUGUCGUCAACCUUGAGCCUGGAGACAUGAUUCCUGUCGACGGUAUUCUCAUCCAGGGCCACGGCAUCAAAUGCGACGAGUCCUCGGCUACCGGUGAAUCUGAUCUUCUGAAGAAGACCCCUGGAGACGAAGCUUUCCGCACCAUCGAAAGGCACGAGAAUCUGAAGAAGGUUGAUCCGUUCAUCCUCUCUGGUGCCAAAGUGUCAGAGGGUGUUGGACAAUUCCUGGUUACCGCCACCGGUGUCAACUCGAGUUACGGCAAAACGAUGAUGUCUCUCCGUGAAGAGAGUGAGGUCACUCCCCUGCAGUCGAAGCUGAACGUUCUUGCAACCUACAUCGCCAAGCUCGGCAGUGCUGCCGCGUUGCUUCUGUUUGUCGUUCUGUUCAUCGAAUUCCUUGUCCAUCUGAAGGGUAGCAACGCCACUCCUGCAGAGAAGGGCCAGAACUUCCUCGAUAUCCUCAUUGUCGCCAUCACUGUUAUCGUCGUUGCUGUUCCCGAAGGUCUGCCCCUUGCUGUAACCCUUGCGCUGGCUUUUGCAACAACCCGCAUGUUGAAGGACAACAACUUGGUGCGACUGCUUCGAUCUUGCGAAACUAUGGGCAACGCGACAACCAUUUGCUCCGACAAGACUGGAACUCUCACCCAAAACAAGAUGACCGUGGUUGCUGGCUCUCUUGGCACUGCUCUUCGAUUUGGUGACCACAAGCUCAAGGCUUCCCAGGACUCCACCCCCCUCGAUGAUGGCACCAAGGGCAAGAACGUCGCAGAGUCUCCUGUUGAAGGUCCUAAUGACGUUUCGGCUUCCGAAUUCGCUGCUACCAUCAGCAAGGACGUGAAGGAGCUUCUCGAGCAAUCCAUUGUACAGAACACCACUGCCUUCGAGGGUGAGGCUGGCGGACCAGACCCAUUCAUUGGCUCGAAGACUGAAACUGCUCUCCUUGGUUUUGCACGCGACCAUCUUGGCACGGGUAACCUGGCCGAGGAGCGCUCUAACGCCAACAUCGUUCAAGUCGUCCCCUUUGACUCGGCUAUAAAAUGCUCAGCAGCCGUUGCAAAGCUCUCCGAUGGGACAUACCGAAUGUACGUCAAAGGAGCCUCUGAGAUCCUUCUGUGCAACUGCGACAAGAUCGUUACGGACGCCUCAAAGGAGCUCAUCACAGCUCCGAUGACGGGCGAUAACCGCGAGGCGCUCGAACAUGUCAUCACUGCUUACGCCUCUCGUUCACUCCGCACCAUCGGCCUGAUCUACCGCGAUUUCGAGAGCUGGCCACCUAAGGACUCCAAGCCCAACGAAGACGACCCUAGCCAGGCCGUGUUCACUGAUGUUUUCAAGAAGAUGACUUUCCUCGCUGUUGUCGGUAUUCAAGACCCUCUGCGAGACAGUGUCAAGGAAGCUGUCAAAGACUGUCAACACGCUGGUGUCUAUGUCCGCAUGGUUACGGGUGACAAUGUCCUGACAGCCAAGGCUAUUGCUGAAGAUUGUGGUAUCCUCGUUCCUGGCGGCGUGGUUAUGGAGGGUCCUACCUUUCGUAAGCUGUCAAAGAAGGACAUGGAUGCUAUUAUCCCCAAACUUUGUGUUCUCGCGCGCUCCAGUCCCGAGGACAAGCGUAAGCUUGUGAAGCGUCUCAAAGAGCUGGGCGAAACUGUCGCAGUUACUGGUGACGGUACAAACGAUGCUCCAGCGCUCAAGACAGCUGAUGUUGGUUUCUCCAUGGGUAUCGCUGGAACUGAAGUUGCUAAGGAAGCCUCCGCUAUCAUUCUUAUGGACGACAACUUCGCUUCGAUCGUGAAGGCCUUGCUCUGGGGUCGUGCGGUCAACGAUGCUGUCAAGAAGUUCUUGCAGUUCCAGAUCACAGUCAACAUUACUGCCGUCGUCCUUACCUUCGUCUCUGCCGUGUCCAGCGAGGACCAAAGCUCUGUGCUUACCGCUGUUCAGCUUCUCUGGGUCAACCUCAUCAUGGACACUUUUGCGGCUUUGGCUCUCGCGACCGAUCCACCCACACGAAGCCUGUUGAACAGAAAACCCGACCCCAAGUCUGCUUCUCUAAUUACCUUGAGGAUGUGGAAGAUGAUCAUCGGCCAAGCUAUCUAUCAGCUCGUGGUUACCUUCAUCCUUUACUUCGCUGGCGAAUCUAUACUCUCAUAUGAAAGCGAUCGCGAGAAGGAGCAACUGCCGACCCUUGUUUUCAACACUUUCGUGUGGAUGCAAAUCUUCAACGCUCUCAACAACCGCCGCCUCGAUAACCGUUUCAAUGUCUUCGAAGGCAUCACACACAACUGGUUCUUCAUCGGCAUCCUGCUGAUCAUGAUCGGUGGACAGACCAUGAUCGUCUUCAUCGGUGGUGUUGCUUUCUCCGUUACCAGGCUCAACGGUGCUCAAUGGGGAUACUCGAUAGUUUUGGGUUUCCUGUCACUCCCCGUCGGCAUGAUUGUUCGCCUCAUCCCUGAUGAGCUCAUCCGCAAAUGCAUUCCAGACUUCUUCAAGAGGAAGCGCAACCCGGAGGUUGUCGUUACUGACGAUAACUUCGAGUGGAACCAGGGUCUUCUUGAAAUCCGUGAUGAGCUCGCUUUCAUCAGGAAGUUCCGCGGUGGUCGUCUUAGCAACAUCAAGUACAAGGUUUCGCACCCCAGGGAGAUGUUCUCCAGGUCGAGGACCAGUCUCUCUCACCCAAGCACACCCAACAAUGGUACCAUCGACCACGAAGGCUCCCCAGCACCCACGCCAUCCAGCCGUCGCCGAACAAGGUCCCACUCCAACUCGGCUUUCGGUCCCGCCGCUGUCAUGGCCGGUAUUGUCGCUGGCAGCGUUGGAGGAUGGUCGCCGAUUGGCAAGGAUACUGGCGAUGCUGGUUCGCUCAAGUUCAGUCGUAGCAUGAACAAGGACGAUCUGGAGGCACAGCAGGGUAUCGAGGUUCACCCCCAAACUAAGCCAUCGGAUCCCGUUCUUGCACCUGAUGCGCAUGAGUAUCGCGGCCCACCCAGCCAAAACACAGGAACAACACCCAACUUCGCUAUCGGACCUUUCGCUGGUGACCCCAAGCUGAAUGACGGCAAGAAGCCAGACGACACGAACCCCUAG